AUGCCAACAUGGAAAAUGUACACUGGGUUGGAGGACCCAGUAUCUCAUGUUCACAACUUUGAACUACAGACUGAUUUACAGGGAGUUCGGGAUGAUGCCAGGUGUAGGAUCUUCCCAUCCACCCUAUCAGAAAUUUCCCAACAAUGGUUCUUCAAGCUACAACCAGGGUCGAUUACAUCAUGGGGUGGAUUUGUACACACAUUCGAUUCCCAAUUCUCCUCAGCAAUGCCCCUUCCCUCCGAGUCGAAUGACUUGGUGGACAUAAAACAGAAUGAUAAUGAACCUUUGAAGGAUUACAUUCAACGUUUUAUGCGGGAAGCCACCAGAGUGAAAUCCCUUAGUGAUGACGGUAAAUUAAUAGCCAUCAAUUCGGGAGUUAAGGUAAAGAGUCUGUUCUGGAGUAGUUUGAAAAGGAAGUUUGCAUGUACCACUCAGGAGUUCCUUGAUCGGGUAGAGGAAUUCAUCAAGCUUGAGGAGGCCGAGCGGAAGGUGGAUAAUCCAACUCAAGCGGCUACUGAGCAGGGGAAAAUAGAUGCUGAAAAUACCACCAACCCUACGAAGGGAGGAAAGAAUGGGGCUAAGAAUGACAAAUGUAGUAAUGGGGCUGGAAGUAGCGGUAACCUAAAUGACAACAAGAAGCCUAAGACUGCCGAGCAACCCAAACCAUGGGAAUAUGUUCCAAAAUUUACUACUUACUCCAUCUUGUUAGAGACUGGGUGGACGUUUUUAAUGCCACACGGGUUGUUGUACCAUACAGAAGACCUCCACCAAUGA